UCCAGCGCUGGCUCCAGCGUUUCGUUCUUUCACGCAGUCUCUCCGGCUUGCUCCCAUUGUCGAAAAAAACUGUCUCUACUAUACAAUUAUAUAUCCGAAUUGCUCUCGAGCGAUUCCCUGGGCUUAGCGUUUAACAGACUCUCCCAAGUUGCAGUCGUGCAGCACGGGGGUGAUGCCGGCAUGAUAGUGUUUGUCCGGAGCUAGGAAAAGACCUAGUGCACAGUCAGCCCGUGUGAGCGCCGGGACUGCCGUGGACGUCGGCUGCGGAGCGUGGUGGUUGUUAUGAUUCCACAUCGACUAAGUAUGAGAUUGGUUGAUGGUUUAUAAACCCCUAGGCACCAUUCCCUUAUAAGCUAGUUUUCAAGGAUGCCUGCUGAGAGUCCGAACACAUCUGAUCGUGAUACUGAACCAUUUGUUGAGGUUGAUCCGACUGGACGGUUUGGGAGGUAUGAUGAUCUGCUUGGUGCUGGUGCUGUGAAGAAAGUUUACCGGUCUUUUGAUCAAGAGGAAGGUAUAGAGGUGGCCUGGAAUCAGGUUAGGUUGAGGACUUUCAGUGAGGAUCCGGUACUCAUCAAUCGGCUUCACUCAGAGGUUAAGCUGUUGCAAGCAUUGAAAAACAAAUAUAUCAUUGCUUGCUACAGUGUAUGGAAGGAUGAUGAGCAUAACACUUUGAAUUUCAUUACUGAGGUGUGCACAUCCGGAAACUUGAGGGAUUACAGGAAGAAGCAUCGCCAUGUUUCCAUUAAGGCCUUGAAGAAGUGGUCAAAGCAGGUGCUUGAGGGAUUGGAGUUUCUGCAUACCCAUGAGCCAUGCAUUAUUCACAGAGAUCUCAAUUGUAGUAACAUCUUCAUCAAUGGAAACAUAGGCCAGGUGAAAAUCGGUGAUCUGGGGUUUGCAGCAAUUGUAGGGAAGAGCCAUGCAGCACAUUCGAUUAUAGGAACCCCAGAGUACAUGGCACCGGAGCUGUAUGAGGAGGACUACACUGAGAUGGUUGACAUAUACUCCUUUGGAAUGUGUCUGCUUGAGAUGGUGACAAUGGAGAUCCCAUACAGCGAAUGUGACAGUAUUGCCAAGAUAUACAAGAAGGUGACAACUGGAGUCCAUCCCCAAGCUUUGAACAAGGUAAUGGAUCCGGAAGUGAAGGCAUUCAUUGACAAGUGCAUAGGCCAGCCAAGGGCAAGACCUUCAGCGUCUGAUCUUCUCCAGGAUCCUUUCUUUUCUGAAGUGGACGAUGAAGAGAGUGGGCCAAUUGGUUGAUGUCUUUCUGAGUGAAAGAUAUGCUUUGAGCUAGCCAUUAGCUCUUGUUUUGUACUGAUUGAUGAUGGGCUUUCCUGCUAAGCAUAUGCCCACAAUUAUCAACUCUUUUUUUCUUCUUCUUGACAUAUUGCCGUUAAUACCUAUUGUGCACAUAAAUACUAGAAUGAAGUAAUGAUAAUGGUGCUGUCUAGUUGACUUCA